AUAUGACUUUAUUAUAUACACUGUUUUUAAUCUCUCUGUUUUUAAAGUCAACGCUGGUAAUUUUAAGACAUAUAUAUACACUUACAUAUAUAAUACAGUAAGUUUUAGGGCGAUUAUAUUUUUAUAUAUGGAUGAUGAUCAAUGGGAUCUGCAUGCGGUGGUGAGGAGUUGCACCACCGCUGGUGCGGCUGCUGGGAAUGCCAGGCCCACCACAAUAGAGGAUUACGACGAUGGUACGUACAACUUGGAAAGUUUAGCGUCGGCAUCUGAAAAUGAGAGCAACCCAUUUGCAUUAUUUUCAUCAACAAAUUCCGGUGGUGGAUUGGAGGAUGUAUACAAAGCAGGGUGUAGUAGUAGUAUUGAUGUGGAUGGUGAAGGAUUCGUAGUACACCAACAAUUACCGAUGUUGACAGAUUCUCAUUCCUUUUCCAUGCACGCCAUGAUGAAUUCUAAUUCCACACGUCCCAGAAAAAGGAAAAACCAGGAGAAGACGGUGUUUCAAUUGACACAAGAAGACUUAAGUAAUGAUUUGUGGGCAUGGCGGAAAUACGGUCAAAAACCCAUCAAAGGAUCCCCUUUUCCAAGAAACUACUACAGAUGUAGCACAACAAAAGCUUGUGGGGCAAAGAAACAAGUGGAACGGAGCCCCGUGGACACAACCAUCUUUAUAGUUUCAUAUUCGGGUGAGCACAUUCACCCUCGACCCACUCACCGCAGUUCUUUAGCCGGCAGCACAAGGAGCAAUAAAUUCAAUACUACUACUAAUGAAAACAGCAGCAAACCACCUACUCUUGCUGCUGGCGAUACUAGUGUUGCCGAGCACCCUCCAUGCUCUUCCUCUUCUCCAGCCUCUACUUCAAGCUUCUCAUCAACGACGUCCUUUAAAGAUAAUGACGAGUGUGAAAUCAAUGAUGAACGACGUAGUGGAUACAAUGAAAACAUCCUCAAACCGAUGCAUGAAGAUGUAUUAAAAAGGUUUCGAAACCUGAAUAGUAGCACUAGUAGUGGCAGGGGCAGUAGCUUUUAAUCUUAACAAUUUUUUUUCCUUUAAGGCUUUUCAAGAUACACAAUUUAAUGUGGAACUCUUGAGAAUGCUAAAAGAUAUAUAAUAUCAAUAAAAAGUUACAAUUUAUUCUAUACAAA